AUUGCCUGCUCCGGUUCUAUCACCUAUGUGAUGCCUUGUCCAGCUGGAUUGGUCUAUAAUGCCCCAAGGGACAUGUGUGACUGGCCAAGUGUAACUGGCAACACACAUUGUGCUGGUCAGACUAAUGGGAUCGUGCCACACACAACCAAGCAGGAUAGCUUUGUCUGUUGCUACAACCAGUUGGGAUUAUGUGUUGAGAUGCCAACCAGGAUACGUCUAUUGCCACCUCUCAAACAAAUGUCAAAAUCCAGGUUCUACUCUCUGUACUGGCAAACAAAAUGGAAACUAUGUCAAUCCUGGCAACAUUUACUCCUUUAUCAAAUGCUCCAAUCAAAUUCCAUCUGUGAUAUCAUGUCCUGCUGGUCUGGUCUACAAUUCUGUCUUGAGUAUAUGUGAUUGGCCAGCCACCAGUAAUUUCUGCAAAUGCAAAAAGAACGGCAACUAUGAAAAUCCUUCAAAUGUUAACACCUAUUUUGCCUGCUCCAAUGGAUAUACAUACGUGAUGCCUUGCCCAUCCAACCUUGUUUAUAAUGCUUAUAAAGAUCAAUGCGACUGGCCAGUUUCAUCCACAAAUCCCUGCAAUGGACACUGCCACGGCAGACCUGAUGGAUACUAUUUUAAUCCUUAUAACCCUGCAGGUUUUAUUGUGUGCUAUCGAGAAUUAACCUUUGUUCAGAGUUGCAGUGCAGGCCUAGUAUAUGAUGCAGCUUCUAAUCGGUGCAAUUGGCCAGUAAGACAAAUAAGUUCCAUCUACAGUUUCUGCUCUGGCAGAGCAAAUGGUAACUAUCCCAAUUCUGCUGACUACUACUCCUAUAUCUCCUGCUCCAAUGAACUCACUUACAUAAUGCCAUGCCCUGCUGGCCUGAUCUAUAAUCCUGCAAAGGACCAAUGCGACUGGACAGGACCUUUUUACACUGGUUGCAGUUACUGCAGUGACAAAAGUAAUGGACACUACGGACAUCCCAUUAGAGAAGACAGCUAUUUCUCAUGCAUUAAUCAAAAUUCAUAUUUAAUGUCCUGUCCAUAUGGCGUAACCUAUGAUCGUACCACACGCUGGUGUUCACCUCAAGGCCAAUCAGGCUCUGGAACUUUCUGUACUGGAAAACAAGAUGGGAAUUAUGCAAAUCCCAGUAACAGUUCUACAUACAUUGCCUGUUCUAAUCAGUACACAUACGUGAUGCCCUGUUACCCUGGACUUGUCUAUAAUGCAGCAAAGGACUGGUGUGACUGGCCUUCAUCCCCAGCAACUAGUGCGCCUUCUUCAUGUGGCAGCCAGAUUUCUACCAGCUUCUGCAGGACAAAAGCAAAUGGCAACUAUGCUAUUUCAUCCUGCUCCAGCAGUUUCAUCAUGUGCUCAAAUGGACUCACUUACAUAACGCCUUGUCCAUCAAACCUGAUCUUCAAUGAUAUCUUCAAAGUGUGUGUUUUUCCUCCGGGUUCACCUUAAAGGCCUUACUUUUCCAGAGACAGCAAAGUAACAAAUAUAUGUCCAUAAACAGCAUCAAAUGGAUGAGAAUGAUACUAAAGCCAGAACGUUUUCUGCCACAGCCUGCUGGGAUUUACAGUUUUACAUCGUUUAGAAAGUCCACUUAAUAUAAUAAACAAUUACACCUUGUACCCUGAGUAUCAUUGUUUAAUUAAUAAAUUUCUGAAUUCCUGCAAAAUCCCAAAUAUCCUGAAUUCAGUUAUUCUAAUGAUGCUAAGCAAAAGCAAUGCAAGAAAGUUAAUUUCAUUCUACUGGCUCAAAAUGUUUAAAAACAAGUCAUUGGAUUCUGCUGUCUUUGAAUACUUAGAAAUAUGUUAAUUAAGUGCAAUAACCUAUCUUUUAAGAAUUUAAUUUUAAAUGAGAAUCACUGCAGAAUAAAGUCCAAUUAACUGCUUUCCUUGAAAUGCAUAUCA